AUGACGAAUGGAUUGGCCAAUAGUUUUAGCUAUAUUGACUGUUAUUUUCUUUGGACGACCAUUACCACCUCUAUACUUCAAAGUGCUAGCUUUUCAACACUAUAUCGUACAGUAGAGACAGGUAACUGGUUCAAUUCUCACCAAAAGACUGGAAUAAAAAAGUAUAUAUAUGGUAAUAGCGUAUUGUGUCCACAAAAUAACACUGCAUUUGAUGAAACUUUUAAUGGUAAUUCCCCUGCUCUAAUAAAAAAUUGGGGUAAACUACGUACUUCAUGUGAGAAUUUGAAAUUUAUACAUGGGUUAAUACAUGACAUGUAA